CUUGCACAUGCGCAGAAGGCUCAAUGACAGUCGCGCGUCAGCUAAGGCUCUGGGAAAGGGGGCUGGCCAUGUUGCCUGUGACCUGGGGGUCCAAGGUCCGAGCAUGGUCCCUGGUGCCUGCUCUCUUCGGGACUCCCCGGGCUCUGUCGUCCCUGGCGAACAGGAUGGGGGUGUAUCGAAAGAUGUGGAACCCCACAGAGCCCUGCAACUGGGCCCAGCAGUACCGGGAGCGCUUCAUCCCAUUCUCCAAGGAGCAGCUGCUCCGCCUCCUGAUACAGGAGUUCCACCCGGGCCCGGCAGAGAGAGCGACUUUGGAGGCGUUCUCGGCUCAUGUAGACUUCUGCACCCUGUUUCAUUACCAUCAGCUCCUGGCCAGGCUGCAGGCCCUGUAUGACCCCAUCAACCCUGACAGGGAGACCCUGGACCAGCCAUCCCUUACUGACCUCGAGCGUCUGUCUAGCGAGAAGGACGUGCUGCAGGCUCUGAAGCCCCUGCUGGCUCAGGCCAACUUCUCUCCACUCUCUGAAGAUGCCCUGGCUUAUGCACUUGUUGUCCAUCACCCUCAGGAUGAGGUCCAGGUGACAAUAAAUUUGGAUCAGUAUAUCUACAUGCAAUUCUGGGCCCUGGGCCAGAAAGUUGGGCAGAUGCCCCACAUGUCCAGUGUGGGCUCCAAGCGUGGCUUCUUCAGGAAGUUGCCCCCUGUGGAGAGGAGAUACUUCAAGCGUGUGAUAUUGGCAGCCCGGACCAAACGUGGGCACCUGGUUCUGAAGAGCUUCAAGGACACCCCACUGGAGGGCUUGGAGCAGCUGCUGCCAGAGCUGAAGGUGCGCACGCCCAUGCUGCAGCGCGCCCUGCUCAACCUGAUGCUGGUGGUCUCGGGAGUCGUGUUCUUCGUCAAUGUGGGCAUGGUGAUACUGUCUGACCUCAAGAUGGCCACCUCCCUGCUGCUGCUGCUCUUCGCUGCCUUCAUGGGCCUGAGGGCCUCCAAGGUGUUUGGGCAGCGUAGAAGUGCCCAGGCGCUCGAGCUGGCACACAUGCUGUACUAUCGCAGCACAUCCAACAAUUCCGAACUGCUCAGUGCCCUGGCACUCCGCGCGCAGGAGGAGCACAUCAAAGAGACCCUGCUGGCCCACAGCUUCUUAGCCCGCAGGCCAGGGGGCGCCCAAGGCCUGUCUGAAGAGACCUCCAAGUGGCUACAGUCUGAAGUGGAGAGCUGGCUUCUAGCCCAGUCUGGCUGUAAUGUGGCCUUCAAUGGACCCCGGGCCCUGGCCCACCUGCAAGCUCUGACUCCCACCUUCGGGUUGUUCCCACCAGCUGAGUUGCCACAACUUGACCCACUGGUCCUGGGCACUCCAGAGGCCUGGCAGGCUGGUGCGCGGGGUGGUAGCUACCCAUCACCCUGACCACUUACUGCCAGGCAGGG